CUCUCUCUCUCUCUCUCUCUCUCUCUCUCUCUCUCACACACACACACACACACACUUAACUUCUUUUAUUGAUCCUUCAUCGUCAUAAUCAUCUUGCUACUAGCUAGCUAUUACUUGUACAUAUGCAGGUGCAAACAAAUCAAAAGAUCAGAGACUAUUCAACAAAGCUUUGUGGAAACUAUUAUAUAUUGAGUCAUGGCACAUGGAUUUACUUCGCUGAUGGUAGAUCAAGAAGACCAUGAAAACUCGCCGGAAAAUAGCGAAGAUUCGCCAUCUUCUGGCAUGUUUAACGACACCAAGACCACUUCCACUUCAUCCCCUAAAAGAAGUAGACGUUCGAUACAAAAAAGAGUGGUCUCAGUGCCAAUAAGAGAAAUUGAAGGAUCUCGGCUUAAGGGUGAGACAAAUGCUCCCCCAUCUGAUUCUUGGGCUUGGAGAAAGUAUGGCCAGAAACCCAUCAAAGGAUCACCUUACCCUCGGGGCUAUUAUAGAUGUAGUAGUUCGAAAGGAUGUCCAGCAAGAAAACAAGUAGAAAGGAGCCGAGCGGACCCUACUAUGGUAAUGGUGACGUACUCAUGCGAUCACAACCACCCUUGGCCGGCUUCUAGAAACAACAAUCACCACCAUAACUCCACCGUAUCACCACCACCAGCCUCCACAGCCACGAUCACGGAAGAAGCACCAGUUUCCAACACCGAUGAUAUAGAUCAAGAGGAAGAUCAAGAUCCCCCACAUGACUUAAGCAAGCCAUCUACCGCGGAACCCGAUGAAAAGUUCACGAGUCUUGAGGUGGGGCCAGGUGCAUCUUUUAUAACUACCACCGAUGGAUUCGGUUGGUUUUCUGAUUUGGAAUCCACGUCGUCAACAAUGCUAGAAAGCCCAUUAAUGAUGGCUGGAGACAUGGUUGGAGAUGCUGACAUGGCAAUGAUAUUCUCAAUUAGAGAAGAAGACGAGUCUUUAUUUGCCGAUCUUGGUGAGUUGCCGGAAUGCACGACGGUUUUCCGGCGAAGGGAAGUAAUAAACGAGGAGGAGCACCACCGGAGGCCGUGCAAGUUGGCCCCAUGGUGUGGGACAAAAGGGUGAGUAGAACUCCAAGGAUUUGCAUUUGGGUAUAAAGAAACAAUUUAAAAAUCUUGAUUUUUUCCUCUUUUAAUCUUUAGAUAUAUAUUCCUUGGUUUCCGUGUCAUAACGAAUAAAAGCUGGAGAGAAAAUGUUUCAAUUGGAGAGAUAUUUGUCUUGAUGUUGGUGUUAUUAUUAAGAAGCAUUUAUAUUUGGCCAUCGUUUC